GAAAUAUAAAUCUGGCAACCCGGGAGCAGCGAGUUGGACAGCUGAAAGCGACGGAGCUCUGCAUUGGCUUUAUUACUGAGAAACAAUCACGACGAGAGCAGAAGCACAGGAUGAUAGCUGAAGCCUUUUCUCUCAAUAAAUAUCAAAAGCAGAAUAUUUAUUAAGAGAUUCCAAGACUGACCUAAAGGUAUAGGUUUGUUGUCUAAAACUAAACGGAGAGAAGAUGAAUGAUAUUAAAGUUGCUAUUCUUGGAGGAGAAGGAGUCGGGAAAUCAGCCCUCAUCGUGCGAUUCCUGACCAGGAGAUUUAUUGGAGAAUACGCCUCAUCAUCAGAGUGUAUAUACAGAAAACGCAUGUCGGUUGAUGGAAGGCAGAUGAAUCUGGAACUUUACGACCCAUGUUCCCAGCCCUGUGAGGGAAAGUCCACUCUGAAUGAGCAGAUCCACUGGGCUGAUGGCUUUGUGGUUGUAUACGACAUCAGCGACCGCUCGUCUUUCAUCACAGCUACAGCUAUCGUGCACCUGAUCCGAGAGCUCAGCCUGGGAGCAGCCAAAAGGGAGUCUGAGUCGGUGGUGUUCUUGGUGGGAAAUAAACAAGACCUGUGCCACAUGCGUGAGGUGGGCAAGGAGGAAGGUCAGAGGUUGGCGACUGAUGGCCGCUGUCAGUUCUUCGAGCUCUCCGCUGCAGAGUGCUACCAAGAGGUGGCGCUUAUGUUCACAAAGUUGGUGCGCAACGCCAGCCUGAGCGGGAAAGCUAAAGAGCGCCGGCGCCGACCCAGCGGCUCCAAGUCCAUGGCUAAACUCAUCAACAACGUUUUCGGCAAGAGGCGGAAAUCAGUGUGAGCAAGUUCCAGAUGAAAAAGAGACAUGCAUGGACGCUUGCGGUGCCAUGAUAUUAAGGGUUUCUUUUAGCAUCUUACUGGAGUGCACAGAGGCUCAAAGAUCAAAAUGGUUAUUUCAGCUACUCCUACUGCAUGCAAUUAUCUUUAAAAUGUCACAUCAAAUGAUAGCAGUAGCAUGUUUUGGAGUGACCAUUUUUGAUUGACAUGCUCCAUAAAUGUCCUAUAGCUGUGCACUCUAAAUGUUUCUCUGUUGGACAAAACAUAAACCUGGCAAAUAUGCUACAUUUCCAAUAAGAGUAUGAGCAGAGAGUUGAACUAUAAGCAAGAUGUGACCUUAGUAUUAUAGGGUUGAAGAACUAUUUUGAAAAAUGGGUGUAGAGAAGUGUUUAGCCUUCUAGAGUUUCUAGUUUCAGUUGACAUUCUCGCAGAUGUAUAUACUCCAGAAAUGAACGUUUACAUCUCAAGAAGUCUGUACUUUAAGUUGCAGGUUUUUAAUGUCUUGAGCUUGUACCUUAAUGAGAGACUAUAAAUGACUUGAAAUGUCUUUAUUCAUUCAUUCAGCAUCCGGCAGCCCCUUUUUUCAGAUCAUAGGGGCACAUGGCACGCACAAUAUCACACUGAUUCACAUCUAGGGAAUUUUUUAAGCUCACCAAACCACCAUCGCCAUGUUUUUUCAAAGUAGAAGGAAACUGGAGAACCCAGAGGAAACCCAUAUGGACAUAGGGAGAACGUGCACAGAAACUCAAUAGAGACAGCAUCCUGAGCUCAGGAUUGAACCAAAAAUGACAUUUUAACCAAAAUUUAGAUAUAUAUUUGUGCUGGCUGCCUAUGUUUGUACAUUCUGGGUGAUUACUGGCUAGCAGAUGGAAUUUAUAGAAUUUAUAUAUUCUUUGUAAGCCUGGAGAUAAAACUUUUUAAAAUAUUUUUCAAAUAAACAGUGGGAGAAUAAAGUAGUUUGACGUUUAUUCACCAAAAUUCCAGAUACAUUCUUAUAAUACUGAGGUCACAUUAUAUAGUCACAAUGUAUGGAAAUGCUCCUGGCAUUAAACUUGCUGCAUGACGGUUUGUGUUAUGCAAAGGCGUAACGUCAGGAAUGACAGAAAUUCAGGCCACAGUUUUUGCUGUAAUUUUUCCUCUCAGUGUCGUGUCUUGACAACUCAUUAACGUGAUGAAAAAUGGACUAGUUUUUAUAGAAUGUAAACUUCUCUGAGUGCCUUUCUGUAAACGUUUCUGUAUGUUUGAAAUGUUGUCACCUUACAUAGAAUAAAGUGAAACAGCUUUCACCUUUGCUCUCGA